GCUCUCAUACAGAUGGGGGGGCCUUGGAGGGUCCGGCUUUAGGACCCCGCGUCAGGACCAUCGAGCUGCCACAGUGCCACCAGCCUUCACCCCAUCGUCCCUCUGGGCUCGGCCACGGAGCGCGUCUGUCAGCAGGGAAUCGUCGCGAAAACGUCGGCUUGGAACGGUGCCCGCGGCUCCGCGACCAAACCCCCGUUCAAUGCUGCCAAAGGUGGGCGAGCACGUGUUAAUAUAGCAGCGUAUAAAACUACAAACGGCCAUUGCUGUCCGCAUUUGCUCCAGGAAAAGAGACGUGCCAUUCCGCGAACUUGAUGGGCCGGAGAAGACGCGUAAAAGGCGCUUUUUACGGUCGCAACGAAGGGCAAACCCCGGGCUGCGUCUUGGUAUUUGUGUAGUUUGUUUUUCUUCUUUCUUCUCUACAAAAGGAGCACCUUAUAUCGAUCGUGAAAUCACAGCUAUACACUUUUUUUUUUUUUUUUUGGAGUUUGUGUGGUUUCGCUUUAAGGCAGGAGCCAAACCUGGAAAAAGUUCUCACCCUGUGCACCCGCUGAACGCAGGGACCCUUUGAGCCAUUCAUCCAGGAGCUAUGCGCCCUCGCUUUGCCCCUGCUGGAUAAUUACACUGACACUGGACACAUUUAGACCCUCACACGGGUGGGUGUUGAGGGGAACCGUGGAGGGGAGAUGUCUGUGCCAAACGCUCUGACUCCCGCGGGCAACGUUGCGCGUCUCGCUGAAAGAUAACCCGUUUUUUUUUGUUGUUGUUGUUUUUGUUUUUUUGUUUUUUUAAUUCCCCACAUUUUUCAUUCGCUUGCCUUUAUCUCCAUUCGUAUCGGAGCGGAUCCAUGUCAUUGCGGAUCUUAUUCUCACAUCUGAAUGGAUUUUCAGCCAAACUUCACCGAAAAAGAAGAAUCGGAGCCAUACGACUUUAAAAUAACUGUUUUGAGGUCACUUGGCUCGUGUGCGUAAAUACUUCUCAUUUUUGUGCGUUUUUUUCCUCACUCUCCCAAGAGCGUCGUCUGUCUGGUAUCGUUCAGCCCGUCCCCUAUGUUGUCCCGUAUUUAUUUUAUGUGAGGUCUGACACACAACACGCCGGAGAAGAUGAACGUGUGUAUAGUGGGUCUUUUCCUCACUUUGGAUUUCGCCAUUGUGGCUCUCGGGUUGUCGACGUGCAGCACUCUGAGUGUGGAUCAGUUUAAGAGAAAGCGCAUCGAGGCUAUCCGAGGGCAGAUCCUGAGCAAGCUGAAACUCACGAAGCCCCCAGAGGACUUCCCCGAGCCCAGCGAGGUGUCCCGGGACAUUGUCGCCAUUUACAACAGCACCAGGGACCUCCUGCAAGAGAAGGCGAACGAUCGGGCCGCGACGUGCGAGCGGCAGCGGAGCGAGGAGGAGUAUUACGCCAAGGAGGUGCACAAGAUCAACAUGCAGCCCUUCUAUCCGUCAGAGAAUGUCAUCUCUCCCACACAUCUCUCCCACCCUUUCUUUAAGCGUCUGACUUUUGACGUGUCCUCCAUGGAGAAGAACGUCUCUAACCUGGUGAAGGUGGAGCUCAGGAUCUUUCGUCUCCAAAACCCCGCGGCCCGAGUGUCCGAGCAGCGCAUCGAGCUCUAUCAGAUCUUAGCACAAAAAGACCUGACGUCCCCAACGCAGCGGUAUAUUGACAGCAAGGUGGUGCGAACGCGGACGGAGGGAGAGUGGCUGGUCUUUGACGUGACAGAGGCAGUGAGUGAAUGGCUGAACCACAGAGACAGAAAUAGCGGAUUCAAGAUCAGCCUGCACUGCCCGUGCUGCACGUUUGUGCCGUCCAAUAACUACAUUAUUCCCAACAAGAGCGAGGAGCUGGAGGCACUGUUUGCAGGUAUUGAUGACAGCUUCAUCCAUGGCAGUGACCUGAAGGGGUUUAAGAAGCAUCGACACAGUGCUCGGGCUCCACACCUCCUUCUGAUGCUGCUGCCUUCAUACCGACUGGAGUCCCAGUCCCAGCCCAAGAACCAUCGAACCAAAAGAUCUCUGGACGCCAUCUACUGCUCCAGAAAUGUCCGGGACAACUGCUGCCUGCGGCCGCUCUACAUAGACUUUAGGAAGGAUCUGGGCUGGAGGUGGAUCCACGAGCCCAAAGGCUAUGAGGCCAACUUCUGUGCUGGGGCCUGUCCUUAUUUGUGGAGUACUGACACCCAGCAUUCAAAGGUGUUAGGUCUCUACAACACCAUCAACCCCGAAGCGUCAGCGACCCCCUGUUGUGUUCCCCAGGACCUGGAGCCCCUCACCAUCCUCUACUAUAUUGGCAACACCCCCAAAAUAGAGCAGCUCUCGAGUAUGAAGGUCAAGUCUUGCAAGUGCAGCUAGGCGCCCCUUAGCAGACGGCAGAAACACGCUUCCUUCACAUCCACAUUGCAGCGUUCUCAUGUAUUUUCUUCAUUCAUUCAUUCAUUCAUUCAUUCAUUUUCUGUAACCGCUUGUCUUCAGGAAGGGUCUCCACAGAGAGACAGACAACCAUUCACACUCACACCUACGGGCAGUUUAGAAUCACCAAUUAACCUAACGAGCUAAUGUCUUUGGAUGGUGGGAGGAACCCGGAGUAACCAGAGAAAACCCACGCAGACAUGGUUUUCUACAAUUCUGUACAAAAAUGAUUCAAAACAUCCGCAUAUUCUCACACAAAUCCUGAAACUAGACCCAAUCAGACAACUGAAACAUAAGUAUUACACUUCUAGAUGUUGUUAUUAUUUAGGUAAAUAGCCAAUAUUAAAACUAGAAGUUUUGUAGGGAUUCGUUUCAGGGAUUUUUUCCGGUUCACAGUUUGUCUGGUUGGUGUGGACGACUGGCAGCAGAGCUCUCCUCCCUUCACCCUGUUCAUUAAAUAUCUAUAUAUUUAUUUGGAGCUAAGCUGUUUUCAGCCUGGCUGAAUGUGUUAAACUCUCCUCAAGUCUCAAGUUGUGCUUCACAGGUUGGUUACGAACGCUCUCUCUGUUGGGUCUGAUGUCUGCAAGGUUGUCCCCUAUUUGACUCCUUCACAUAAGAAAGAAUCAGAGAUGGUGUCAGAGUCUCUGCAGUACAGUGGCUCAGUACAGUGACAGGUGCUGACUUGCAAAACCAUGACUGCAGCCUUAGGUAACUCGAUAGCCAGUGACAUGACUUAUUUUUAAUUUAAUGCUACUGCACGUUCACCAAGAAGUUUUUUUUUUAAUGAAUUAGUGAUAUGUAUAUGGGUCAUCAGAGUAUAAAUCGGAUCAUGUGUUGUCUAUAUAUGAAAUGCAAACAGAUUUCUCUUUCAGCCUUGUUACUCUGCAUUUCUACAUAUUCUUCUGGCACGUGCUGUUUGUUCAGGUUGCGCGGUUAUUAUUUAAUGCUGAUGCAAACCCAAGGGAGACCCAUGUUGGGCACGGGGCAGGAAAGGACUUUUUCAUGACUGUGUAUGUAGCAACGGUUAAACCCAAGAGUUACCUGUUCUCAGAGAAUCCGGAGUAAUAGCAUGUAACCAAUGUUACUGCCUGAGUUGCCUGUAUUGACAGUGCACAUGACCACAACAGCUAAUUUCACCUGGAAAAAUGCGUUUGUUGACGACUGUAAAACUAUUUCUGGCAAUGGUGUUAAAUGAUGUGACAGCGUUCAUAUUAUUGCACAAGACACAUAUUUAUCGGCUGUUAUGUAAGCACGCAGUGACACAGAUAUGAGUGUUUUACGCUUUCUGAAAGCUCAGUUACCACAUAGCAACACACAUAACUUGUCAGAAGCGAUAGUAAAGGCACUGGACGUUUAAAUAAAAACUGUGUAGACAGAACAUGCAGUUCCUGGAAUGGAAGAAACAAACAUGUUUACAGCCUGGUACAAUGUGGUUUUGGUUUCCACAGAUAAUUUGCCCAUUCAUGACACCUGCACUGAGGGGUGAGUUUUAUAAUGGUUUAGACCAUUUUUAUUUUACAAUAGUUUAAGUUUCUAGUAGAAUAUACCUGUUUAUCAAAGUACUGGCUUUACAGUUUACAGGCCCAAUUCAACUUUAACUUAUAGUACCUACUAGAGGUCACACUGACUAGUCUCUAAUAUGUAACUAAUAAAAACACAGUAGAAAGUAAUGCUUUGCAACAAUGAAACCUAUAUUCUUGACCUGAAUACAUAUCGAUCAGAUGAGAACAGACAGCUCAUGUGCAACACACUGUACGCUGUAGAUAUGUAUAGCCUGUAUAAAAACAGCCUAGGCAGGUCUCAGAGUACCCAGAAACAACACAUGUAGAUACAGGGAGAACAUGCAAACUCCCCAAAUAAUAAUAUUAAAUUAUAUUUUAUCAUAUUUCACCCCCUUUUUUUCCAUUUUCACACCAGUAGAUGGUGCACUCCAGCCUCCAGCUACAUCAAUCUUUGUUGGACUGUUGCGUAUUACUCUCGACUUCACUUUAGCUUUGGCAUUUGAACCCUACUGUAAAAAUGAGAAGACCAAAGACAAGAAAAGUGGAGAGUGAGUGUCCAGUGUUUUAAUAAAGAGUAGACAACUAAGAGUCAAAUACCAAGGCCAUUUUUUUUUUAGAUUUUCUUUGCUAGCAUUCAAAUUAGCAAAGCUAGCAAGCGAGUUUUUGAGGGAAUGCAUGGUGAUGAUAAAGCCAGGGUUGUCUUUGAUAGCUUUCAGAUCAUUCGUGAAAAUUUUGUUAAAUAAUCUGCAUCAAAAAAAUUAAAUCUUGCGGUUUUUUUUAUCCCACAAGAGCAACAACAACAACAAUAACAAAAAAAAAACCUGACUUGGGUUGUUUUCAAAAAGCAUUGAGCCCUUUCUUACAUGAAUUACGACAAUUUGUACACUGAGCCUUCUAUAUUCAUGCUUUGCUACCUGUUAAAGGCCAAAUUCAAAAAGCCAAAAGCUGUUUGUGGUCAGUGUGAUGAAAGCUUGCAUAAGAUAUGGCUGUGUAUUAGAUAGAGUUGCAUCAUUCAAGUAUAAAACUCACAGUAUUUUCCAGCACUCUUCUAACCAUUAGUGACCACCUCGGCUGUUCUGUAACAGUGUUAUCCAUGUUUUCUACACUUGUCAACACAAAGUUUUUAUAUUACCCACAAACUUGCAAAAUUAUUUCUGUUAUUAUAUUUAUUUUUGUUUAUUCAUUGUUAUAUAUGGUGGUGUUUUAAUACCAUGCCACAAUGAAUCAACACAAAAUGAGGAGUGUAAGUGAAGUGUCCCCAGUCUUUUGAGGUUUCUAGUGCCAGGAGGAGGAGGAGGAAAAAGGAGCGUAUGUCACGAUACAGCUGUUCUUAGGUGUAUUUGUUAUUGUUGUGAUGAUGAUGAUGAAGAUGUUAUUUACACCCACUAUGCUGUAUUGUGACACAGUAUGAUGCUGUAGUGGUGAAUAAAUUAUUUGAGUUUCAGUUCAA